AUGGCGAGUAAUACGUGUUUUUUGCUUGUGCUUCUCUUCACUUUUGUGGCUAUUGCGGAAAAUGUUGAUUUAAAUGAUCACGCAAGAUUGGUUGUGACCAAGGAAGUGUUGAAUCGGUAUAUCGUUGAGGCCAAAGAGGUGACAAUUCUUUACACCAUCUACAACCUUAGCCCUAAGAAAACAGCUAGGGACGUGGAGAUCCACGAUCGUCUUCCUGAAUCCGAUUUCACAAUUUUGCAUGGCAGUCGUUCAUCACGUUGGGCCUCUGUUCCUCCCAUGACUAAUAUAACCCACUCAGUUAUUGUUAUUCCUAAAGGUACCGGUAGCUACAACUUCACCAGUGCUGAGGUUACCUACAAAGCUGGUUCUGAUGCUAGUGUGACGUAUGGUUACUCAUCUGCUCCUGGUAUGCGACAGAUCCUUGUUCCAUCUGUGUAUAACCGUCAAUUUUCUUCUCAUUGGAUUGAAUGGAUUGUGUUCGGGCUAAUAAUGGUGCCUUGUCUAGGUUUGCCUUAUAUGCUUUGGCGUAAUACUGCUUCAAAGUACACUAAUAAUCUGUAA